UAACAAUAAACUGAGUUUUGUUGGGAGUUUAUCAGCAGGAAAAAAAGAAUAUGAUUAUAUAGGGUUUGUUAUGUAGGGUCUGUCUAGAGAAUUUAGGGGAGUGGUUUAAGUGUCAGAUAAAAUAACACUCGAGGCUGAAAGUGAAACUGUUGCUGCUCAACAAUUUCUACUCCACAGCAUUUGCGAACCUUUAACAUUUGUACUACGAAAGUAGAUUCCUGAGUCACAACUCACACUGCUUGGCCAUAUCAAGAUAAUUCUUUAAAGAUGGGGCACCUAUCCAAAGCUAUUCAAGCUACACCCAAAACAUUGCAGGUGGUGUUACUUGGUAAAACAGGAGCAGGGAAGAGUGCCACAGGAAACACCAUCCUGGGGCGCAAAGAUUUUCUCUCAAAGAAGAGUUACAAAUCAGUGACUGCUGAUAUUGAGAAACAAAAUGUCACCAUUGAAGGAAUAGAUGUUGUCGUGUAUGACACUCCAGGAUUCUGUGACCCCGAUCGAUCCGAAGAGCAAAUUCAGGAGAAAUUCCAGAAUGUCCUCAAGUUAACCUCAUCUGGUCCCCGUGUGUUUCUCCUGGUGGUGAAGACAGACAGAUUAACAGAAGAAGAGAAGAGGGUCAUCAGUAAAGUAGAAGAUCUUCUAGGAGAGAGUCUUUUGAAGCAAACCUGGAUCCUGUUCACCAGAGGAGAUGAGUUAGAAGACCAGACUAUAGAAGAAUUCAUUGCUGACUCAGAUGACCUCACAGAAGUGCUGAGAAAAUACGGUGGAAGAUACCAUGUGUUCAACAACAAGAGUGGUGAUCCUGAGCAGGUCAAAUCACUACUGGAAAAGACAUCUACCUGUCUCAAUUCAACAGUUUCAAGGAGCUCCUCCAUCAGGAAUCUCCCAGAGAGAAGGAUUGUUCUGCUUGGAAAAAGCGGUGUUGGGAAGAGUGCAACAGGAAACACCAUCCUUAGUGGGAAACGUUUCCAUUCUGAACUGAACUCGUCCUCAGUAACACGUAUAACAGAAAUGAAGCAGGCAGCAGUAGAUGGGAGGGAUGUCAGGGUGGUUGACACUCCAGGACUGUUUGACACAACGCUUACUGCGGAAGAACUGGCAAUGGAGAUUGGUAGUAGCAUCUAUGAGUGUAGCCCAGGGCCUCAUGCCUUCCUCAUAGUUUUAAAAGUGAAUGACAGGUUCACAGAGCAGGAGAAAAAAGCUAUUGAAAUUCUAGAGAGUGUGUUUGGAUCAGGACUGGCAAAGCACGCCAUCAUCCUCUUCACCCAUGGAGAUGCGUUAGAGGGUCGUGGUGUAGAGAAGCUGAUUAGUGGGAACAAGGACCUCAGUGGAUUGGUAGAGCAGUGUGGGGGGAGGUACCAUGUCCUCAACAAUAAAGCUAAAGGGAACAGAUCUCAAGUCACAGAACUGAUGGAGAAGAUAGACAGAAUGGUGGAGGAGAAUGGAGGAACCUGCUACACCAAUGAGAUGUUUGAGGAGGUAGCCAGGGCUAAGAAAGAGGUGGAGGAGUGGAAACAGAGGGAGGAGGAGGAGAGGAUCCAGAAGGAGAAGGAGUGGCUCCAGAGGGAGAUGGAGAGGAUCCAGAAGGAGACAAGGGAGAGUGUCAAUAUGGAGUGGAAGGAGAGGGUCGAGAAGGAGAGGAUCGAGAAGGAGAGGGUCGAGAAGGAGAGGAGGGAGAAGGAGAGGGUCGAGAAGGAGAGGGUCGAGAGGGAGAGGGUCGAGAGGAAGACAAUUAUUAUAAGUGGUAUUGUAGCAGAUUUAAUUGUAGUUGGUGGGUUAGUUGGUGGGUUAGUUGGUGGGUUAGUUGGUGGGUUAGUUGGUGGGGCAGUUGGUGGGAAAGUUGCUGUGAAAGUUGGUGGGAAAGUUGGUGGGGCAGUUGGUGGGGCAGUUGGUGGGUUAUUUGGUGGGGCAGUUGGUUUGAAAGUUGGUGGGGCAGUUGGUGGGAAAGUUGGUGGGGCAGUUGGUGGGAAAGUUGGUGGGGUAAUUGGUGGGGUAAUUGGUGGGGUAGGUGGUGGGGUAGGUAGUGUGGUAGGUAGUGUGGUAGUUGGUAAACAUCUGGCAGGAAAGUAGCCAGUCAACAAUCCCCAACAGUAAUUUACUGUGAAAUACAAUGUUAGUAGCUAUUACUUCCCCAAUCAUUCUGAAAAUGUCUAAACGACUUACACUCCAAUUCAACUUAGAGCCUAAUACAGAAAUAGGCCUACCGCUUUAUGAAAAUCUUGUCUGCAUACAUUAUUUUAUUUUUAUUUUUUACAUAAACUAUACCAUGAUUAAAGCUAUAGUAUAUAACUGGGGUCUCCAACCCUGUUCCUGGAGAGCUACCCUCCUGUAGGUUUUAACUCCAACCCUGUUCCUGGAGAGCUACCCU